AAGAUUUUUAGACCCGCUAUCGUGAGAGAUGGCCUUGCCUCCAGAUGUCCAGGCUACCUCAUCAUGCGUUCUGCAUCGUCUGCAAGACGGGACGUCGACAUCAGUCACCAAGGGGCAACAGGCUCCAUUGAGGCUUGCUUAAGCCACCUGUUGAAGCGAAGAGCGGCGGGAUUCCUUCGCAGUGAUAAGAUCGCCGCCCUCUUCACCAAGAUCGGCAAGGUGAACACCACAGCGAGUGAGAUCUGCCGCAAGGUUCAAGAACAGCUACAGCAGCAGGCUGAAAUUACCAGGAGAAUCCAGAGCACAGGACAGGAGUCCCUCCGGAGGCAGGGCUCCUCUGCUGGCCGAGCGCCUCAGCCACUCUCUGUGCAGGCCAUCAAGCACAUAUGGGUCCGCACAGCCCUCUUUGAGAAAGUCCUGGACAAAGUAGUGCAGUAUAUUGUGGAUAAUGCAAGUAAGUAUUAUGAAAAGGAGGCCCUCAUGCACGACUCUGUGUUUGGCCCGAUACUGGCGGCACUGCUGGUCGGGCCUUGUGCUCUAGAGUACACUAAGCUCAAGACGUUGGAUCAUUUCUGGACGGAUCCGUCAGCUAAUGAGCUGGUCCAGAGGCAUCGAAUUCAUGGGGCCCACAGGGGCCAAGAAGUGUCGCCGGGCCGUAGGCCUGCACUUGGGAUCCGAAAGCGUCAGUCCUCUGGAAGCAUGUCUGAGGACAAGUUUGCAGCCUCAGCGAGAGAGUAUGUCGAAUCCCUUCACCAAAACUCACGCGUUCACUUGCUCUACGGAAAAAACAAUGUACUCGUUCAGCCGAAGAAGGACAUGGAAGUGCUGCGUGGUUACCUGUGCCUUCAUCAGACGGCUGAAACACUCACGCUGAAGUGGACGCCCAAUCAGCUAAUCAAUGGAACUCUGGGAGAAUGUGACUUGGAGAAGAGUAUUUACUGGGACUACGCUUUGACUGUGCCUUUAAGACAGAUCGUCUGCAUUCAUUGUCACCAGCGACUGGACUGUGGGGGUACUCUGGUGUUAGUGAGUCAGGAUGGGAUCCAGCGGCCUCCUCUGCUCUUCCCUCCUGGGGGUCACCUGCUGGCUUUCCUGUCCUGUUUGGAGACCGGUCUAAUGCCCCGGGGUCAGCUUGAACCCCCGCUCUGGUCCCAGAAGGGCAAGGGUAAAGUCUUCCCUAAGCUUCGUAAGAGGAACAGCUCGGCCCGUUUAUUGGAUCAGGAUGGAGUUGUAGAGGAGCAGAUCGCUGCAGACUAUGUGUUUCGCAUCGUCUAUCCGGGGCACCGUCAAGACUCAAUCACUAUAAACUACCACCACACCACGGGCAGUCGUGCGCCCUCUCUGGACGACGAUGAGGAGGAGGAAGAUAGACUUCAUGCUAUGAUCUCUAUGAUCUGCUCACGGAACCUCACAGAUCCUAAUGUCAUGAAAGACCAUGGGGACAUGAUGGAGAUGCAGGGUUUUGGCGGCAGCCCGUUGUCAUGGCAGCAGGGCGAGUGCACCAGUCAUAUGUCAUCUUGUCUGUCCUGCUCCACUGGGGGCAGCAACGCUUCCGUCGAGCUUCCGGCGAGCUGUACAUGCAUGCAUGACCGUAUUCCACUGAAGAUGCUGUGCCAAAAUAUGAAGAGACAGAUUGUGUCUCGAGCGUUUUAUGGCUGGCUGGCUUACUGUCGGCACCUGUCCACUGUGAGGACGCACCUUUCAGCACUGGUCAACCACAACAUUGUCCCUCCGGACAAGCCCUUAGAAGCCUCUGGAGGGCUCAGCAAAGAUGUGUGGAGUAAAUAUCAGAAAGACUGUAAGAAUUAUAAGGAGCUGGAGCUGCUGAGGUUGGUUUACUACGGAGGGGUGGAACAUGAGAUCAGAAAGGAGGUGUGGCCAUUUCUGCUGGGCCACUAUAAGUUUGGGAUGGGCAAGAAAGACAUGGCUCAGAUUGACGAGAAGAUCACAGCAAGGUAUCAGCAGGUGAUGCGGGAGUGGAAGGCAUGUGAGGUCAUUGUGAAGCAGCGGGAGAAAGAGAUGCAGUCGGCCAUCUUUGCCAAGUUGUCAUCAGGGAGCAGUAUAGACAGCCACGUCCUCAGACUCAUCCACAGGGACUCCACUAUUAGCAACGAGGUAUUCAUGUCUGUGGAUGAGCCUGACGCGGGUGGUCAUGACACCUCGUGUGAGGGAGGAAGUACUCCCACCUUAACCACUGUGGUUACCCCGGCCAUGUUAGCCCCAGACGAGAGGCCGCUGGUGGAGUUUGACUCUCCAGAUUCAGGCCUGCCCUCCUCCAGGAACUACUCCGUAGCGUCUGGACAUUCCCAAAUCAUGUCCAGCAUCGAUGAUGGACAGAGCAUGGAGGAGGACACUACACCCACUGGGGUAAUGGAGGAGCAGGGUGGACGGGACUCUCUUAUUGAGGACAAACUCUGCAGUCAGCUGGACAAACUCACAACCACCACUGAGGGCACUGCACCAUCCUUCUCCUCUUAUACGAUUGAGCUGUUGGACACAGUGGCUCUGAACUUGCACAGAAUAGACAAAGACGUCCAGCGCUGUGAUCGUAAUUACUAUUUCUUCACUACCAGCAACCUGGAAAAACUGCGAAACAUCAUGUGCAGUUGUGUGUGGUUUCAUCUGGAGAUUGGCUAUGUGCAAGGCAUGUGUGACCUUCUAGCCCCACUGAUGGUCAUUCUGGAUGACGAGUGCUUGGCCUACAGCUGUUUCACUCAGCUAAUGAAAAGGAUGAGUCAGAAUUUCCCUACCGGAGGAGCCAUGGACACUCAUUUCGCCAAUAUGAGGUCACUAAUACAGAUCCUUGACUCAGAGUUGUUUGAGCUCAUGCAUCAGAAUGGAGAUUACACCCAUUUCUACUUCUGUUACCGCUGGUUCCUCCUGGACUUCAAAAGAGAGCUACUCUACGAGGAUGUGUUUGCAGUAUGGGAGGUCAUCUGGGUCGCCCCUCGCAUCUCCUCCAAGCACUUUGUCCUGUUCAUUGCACUGGCCUUGGUGGAGGUGUACAGGGACAUUAUCCUGGACAACAACAUGGACUUCACUGACAUCAUCAAGUUCUUUAAUGAGAUGGCCGAGCGCCACGACAUGCAGCACAUCCUCCAAAUAGCGCGGGAGCUGGUUCACAAGGUGCAGACCCUUAUCGAGAACAAGUGAGAAUACGAGUAGGCUCCCGCCCACCGAGUCCUGCCUGGCCCAGUCUCCUUCUCUCGUUCCCAACAGCCCAAGGCUUGAGACUGCCCGGGAUCUGCCUCGACGUCUUGACUCUUAAUAUCGUUUGCCUGCCACAGAAUGCCGUUGUGUCAGACCCUGGCGUUGUCUGCAUGCUCGUGGUGUUUGAGCACACUGUGACUGAGGUUUUUUCCUUUCUUGCUGUACACGCCUCCAGCACACACCGCACCCGAUCAGGUCCUUUUAGAUCUGCUUUUAUAAGAAAUGAGAAGCCUCGUACAGGGGGCACAACCGUUUCCUUUCCCUAAUGGCCACCAAAUGUACAGUAAGUAUUCCACCAUGAAUAAAAACCGGCGUCGAGCACAGUUUUGAAUCCUCAAACUAGGAUGCAUUAGGUCAGCUCAGUUAAAU